UGCAUGUUUUUCAUUAUUUGAAUUGAAUUAGGUAAAUGCAUUUUUCAUUGCUUUGGACACUGGUGAAAAGAUGCUUCAGCAACUUAUAUGCUUGGAAGAUAAACGGUUGCACUGUACACCAGAUAAGAUUAUUCUUUGGAGCGAAUCAUAAUUCUGUAAACUAUUUAAAAUUUAUGGCACCUCAAACAGAUGUUAAAAAAUUACAGAAAAGAGAACUCAUUCAGUGACAAUAAAAAAAACCAAAAACAAAAAAAAAAUAAACCAAACCACCAGUAUGCUGAUGUUAACCCUUGCUUGGCCAGAGGGAACCAAUUCCAUUUAACUCAUUAACUCUUCAGAUGAGCGUAUUGUAAUCUUCUUUGUGUUUAACACUGAUCUGGAUUACAGAGCUUCUGCACUGCUUCGCACUCUUCAGCAACACUGCUGUCCAAAUGCUCGUCUUCAUACGUCUCAGUCUCGCUCUUGCGAGCUCGUUGGCUACAAAUAGAUAUAAAAUACGCAAUUUAACCCGUCGAGUGUGUUGCAUUUUUUUCUUAAAUGGCUGUGUGUUCAUACAACUGCAUUUGCGAGUUUGAUCAAUAUUGUCUUAAAAAAAAAGAAAAAACCUCUUUUGCUUUUUCUUUUUUAUAAAAAUUGGCAUUGAAUUAUUAUUUUUUUUGUGUUAAUCUAUCGCUGCAUUUGCCUACUUUCCAAUUUAAUUUGCAUUUCAAAUUUUAUUGAAUGCCUUUUACACAUUGUAUUCCUAAAAACCCACUGGACAGUGGCUGUUUGCCAUUUUACGACUCAAGUUCCUUUUGCAGGCAUAAUGUAUAUGAACAACAAUGCAAUAAUGCUCUUUACAAAUAAGAAAAAAAAUAUUUAAAAUUUGUAGUAGUAAUAAUUUGAACCCAUAACACAUUUAUAUUAUUAUUUAAUUGCAGUACCUUCUCAAAUGAGUUAUAUCAGCAACAUAUGUGUAUUUACAGAAGUGAACAGCUAAGAUGAUCUAAAAUGCUAUUAUUUUUCCUGUUAUUUGCUGAUGGAUGAUGGUACGCUACCAUUUUGGAACUCGGGCGCCUUCUCAUUAAAUUAAUCAUUCAGUUAAUUACUGGGGUUUAAUUAGCUAACCCAAAAGUCUGCCAGCAUUUUUUUCUUCAAUCAGAAACUCAGUUUAACACAGAAGAUUAAAUCUGAAAACCAACGAUAAUGUAUAAAUUGUACAGAUAAUGACAGAAAAGGAAUUCCUUUAUAUACACCAGUUAUUUUAAUGAUGAGCUUGCUAGUCAUUUAAAUAUGAAAUCAUCUUGAAUUUAAGUAUUAGGAUGUUGCGAUUUCGGUGUUUGAUUUCAAAUUUUAGGCAAAAUUACAGUAUUGUGUGUAUGGUUCAAAAAUAUGUUCAAAAACCAGUGUUGUUAUUUUGAUACCAAAUAUAAAUUAUAUAUUGUAGAAAGAAAUGUACACAUCACGUAUCAGUGGAUCUAGGACAACUAGUGUACAUUCACACAUUUUACAGAAAGAAAUGGAAAGGAACAAAUGGGUAGAGAGAAUGAAAUUAAUUGUAAAUGUUGGGGGAAAUAUAUGAAGAGAAUGUGUAAAUGUGUACGUGUGUAGACUUGUAUGCACAGCAUGGUCGCUUACCCUACAACCAAUGCAAUUUGUUUCACAUGUUAAAAAUGUAAAUUUUUCAAAUAAUUUGUAUCAGCAUUCAUUACUUUUCAAAUGGAUUAAUUAAAUGCAUGAAAUGUAUAUUUUUAAGUAUUUAGCAUGCUGAAUUUGGGGAAUGGCAUACCGUAAGAGUGCAUUCUGUACAAAUUAUUAUUUUGCUUUGCUUUAGCAAUGUCAUUUUGGAAAUGUGCGAGUAUAUUUUCAAAUGAUGUGCAUUAAUUGUUUAAUACUGGUGGUUUGUAAACAGGAUAUUUCAUUCACCAUUUUGUGAAAAUAGAUAUGAUCCAUUGAAAGUAUGGAACCAGAAGUAGAUACUAAUGCCAUAUUUGCUGUCUCGUUUAAAGCCAGUUGAAGUGUUUUUCCAGGCACUUGCAUGAAAAGAAUAAAUCACACUAGAUUUGAGCUGUAAUGGUUCAUUUUCAAGGCUUUUAAUCAAUGGAUGUGCAAGAAAGAUUAAAUUACGCAUUUUAUUUGAUUAUCAAAGAGUGUAGGGAACAUUGAUUAUCAAUAAAUAAAUCUGCCAAGAGACAGUAUCUGUCUUUUGUUGUCUAGCUGUGUUUACUUUAAAAUCUCAAAUAAAUAUUGUUUAAUUACAAAGGGCAGCAUUCUGUUCAAAUUAUUAUUUUUUAUGCAGGUGAAUAUCUUGGUUUUUAAAUGAAACCUGUCUAAACUCUAAAGCCUACUAUUUGCCUUUAAAUUAAUGGAAUUAUUUCAUUUGAUCUUUUUGUUAAAGGCAUUUUGAAAGUGAAUUAUAGAAAUGUGUGAUAAGUGAGUGUAAAAAUACUGAUUUAAAAUGUACUAUAAAAGUAUGGAAUAUAUCAGUUGUGUUUUUAAUAUUGGUGAGACCAGCAGUGGGUUUUUCCUGGCUAAUGUGAGGUAAUGCAGUGCUGUGAUUGAUGGGCAGCUCAAUGUGUCGAGUUUGUCUCUUUUGCUGUGGAAUACUAGUGUUUAGGCAGCAUUUUCAGUUCUCUUGCCUGCAAUGGAAAAUGCUCUGUUGCUUGCCGUGAUCCGAACAGGGGGUUAGCGGAAGCUGUGUUCUUUAUUUAAUUAACACGGCAUUGGCGUGAAUUCAGCACACUGCGUAUAGAUUGACCUGUGGGUUCACGACCCCCUAAACCUCGAAUUAGAAUGAAACACCGAGUGCAUUUAUUAUAGAAAAUUUCAUUUUUUGGUUUACUAAAUGGAAUUAAAUUAACUUCUUUUUAAAAAUGCGGUGCAAGAGCGAAUAUGGUGAAGCAUGCGAUGUCAUUGUAAAGCUAUAUGCUGUGUUUCUUUAUACAAAUUAAUUUAUAGAAAUUGUGAAUUUUUGUGCAAAUGAUAGAAAGCUUCUCUCAAUGCCACUUUUUAUCUAACCUUUUCCACUGCUUUGUUUUUUAUGUCAUGUCUUUUGGUGGAGUCUGUAACAAACCUGUCCAAAUAUUGGGACUUCAUUCUGCCGGGUGAUUAUUUUGUAUACUCCUGGGCUGCAGUGCUGUGGCUUCACUCUGAAAUAAGUCACUGCUGAAGAUUGUCAGUUUAAAUGAAUCUGUGCUGGCUGGCGUAUUUGCCCUGCGCGAGAGUGAAUUGAGUUGUGGCUGCUCUCUGUUUCAAACGUCCCUCCGUCUCCACUUCAGGUGCUUUUAUUGCCACAGGACACUUAGGGUCUUUAUCUGUGUCAUAUGCUCCUUUCCCCUUUCAAUAAUUAGAAUGCGUUCAUUUAGGACCGCACCUUUUAAACCUUUAGCUAAUGUGGACUGGCAAAAACUCCACCGGAAUUGUUCGAUUACAGAGCAGGAUUACAGUGAAUGCCUCGCGUUUCGCUGAUAUCCCGCGACAAAAUGCACAUUUUGAACACUUUUCUUUUUCUCUUUUUUCCUUUUUUUUUUCUUCGUCCAUUGCUCUUAUAAUAAGGUUGUCGAAAACCAGGGCCAGACAAUUUCAUUAGUGCAUCUUAAGUUAAAAGCUCUUUGCUCUUUUGACCAAGUGUUUCUGUGUUAUUGGGGUAAUCAGAUUUUUGCCGUCCCGCUGGAGAUGGUAUCGUGGGUGGAAGUAGUAACGAGUAACCAGCACGGCCUCGCACAGACACUAUCCAGAUGGGAUCAGCUGAUGGGGCUUGUUGUCCGAUUCAUUAGAGCGAUUACGCAGUCCGCUGGCCACACUGGACUCCUCUCAUUUCUGGCUGCUGAAUAGAAUGGCCGCUGAUGACCGGCACCUGCCCUCCAGCUGCGGGAGCUACAUCAAGACGGAGCCGUCCAGCCCUUCCUCGGUCAUCGACACGGUCAGCCACCACAGCCCCAGCGGCAACUCGGACGCCAGCGGCGGCUAUGUCAGCACCAUGAACAGCCACUCCAACGGCCUGGACUCGCCGCCCAUGUUCACGCCGGGCGGGAUGGGGGGCGGGGCCUGUCGCAAGCGCUACGACGACUGCUCCAGCACCAUCAUGGAGGACUCUCCCAUUAAGUGCGAAUACAUGUUGAACUCCAUCCCCAAGAGGCUGUGUCUGGUCUGUGGAGAUAUUGCGUCGGGGUAUCACUAUGGCGUUGCCUCCUGCGAGGCGUGCAAAGCCUUUUUUAAAAGGACGAUACAAGGUAACAUCGAGUACAGCUGUCCGGCCACGAACGAGUGCGAGAUCACGAAACGGAGACGCAAGUCCUGUCAGGCCUGCCGCUUCAUGAAGUGUCUGAAAGUGGGGAUGCUGAAGGAAGGUGUGCGUCUGGACCGCGUGCGGGGAGGCAGACAGAAGUACAAGAGGAGGAUGGACGCCGAGAACACCACCUAUCUCGGCCUCACGCUCCCCCCUCCUGCCAAAAAACCACUUACGAAGAUCGUGUCGCAUCUGCUGGUGGCGGAGCCGGAGAAAAUAUAUGCCAUGCCGGACCCCACGAUGCCCGAAAGUGACAUCAAGGCCCUGACCACGCUGUGCGACCUGGCCGAUCGUGAGCUGGUGGUCAUCAUCGGCUGGGCCAAGCACAUCCCAGGGUUCUCCAACCUGUCACUGGGAGACCAGAUGAGUCUCCUGCAGAGCGCAUGGAUGGAGAUCCUGAUCCUGAGCAUCGUGUUCCGCUCGCUGCCCUACGAGGACGAGCUGGUCUACGCGGAGGACUACAUCAUGGACGAGGAGCACUCGCGCCUGACGGGCCUGCUGGACCUGUACGUGUCCAUCCUGCAGCUGGUCCGCAAGUACAAGAAGCUGAAGGUGGAGAAGGAGGAGUUCGUCACCCUCAAAGCCAUCGCCCUCGCCAACUCAGAUUCCAUGCACAUAGAGGACGUGGAAGCAGUGCAGAAGCUCCAGGACUCCCUCCACGAGGCCCUGCAGGACUACGAGGGCAGCCAGCACCAGGAGGACCCCCGGCGGGCGGGCAAGCUGCUCAUGACCCUGCCCCUCCUGCGCCAGACCGCCACCAAAGCAGUGCAGCACUUCUACAGCAUCAAAGUGCAGGGCAAGGUGCCCAUGCACAAACUCUUCCUGGAGAUGCUGGAGGCCAAGGUGUGACGGACAGAUGGACGGACAACACCGCAGCGGCCAGACACACAGACAGAUGUCUGGAGCGAGGAGGGAGAGCUGCUGCUCGCUGUCACCCGCAGGCUACAGACUGCUGUUUCUUGGAGCCCAAGAAAUUUUUAAAAAAAGAGAGGGAAAAAAAAGAAAGUGAAUGCAGAACUGGGUUAAAAUAUAAAUAUAAAUGAUGCAGAUUAAUUUAAAAUAUAUAACAAAUACUAUGUACAGAGGUAAGAUUUUUUUUGUUGUUGUUUUGUUUAUGGUCUGUGGUCCUAUAUGAAGAACAACCCCCCCUCUCUCUGUCUUCAGGAGGAAGAGCCUCAGCUUCCUGUAAAACUAUGUGCUGCUUCAUUUUUUUUAAAAGAUUUUUUUUCCCGAGUUUUGAGACUGAAGUGUGCAUAUGUGUGUUCUGAUGAAACCGAAAAGCUAGCUAACACGAAGACUUUGUGUGUAACACAACUCAUUUUUGCUUCCUGGACAUUGUCCAGAUGUGUAGAUAUUUAUCACAAUGGAUUAUUCUGUACUCUUAAAAGUCUGGUGCAUUGGAUGGUCAUCUCUCCCUCUAUGUAUCUCUCUAUCUCUAAAAAAAAAAAACAAAAGGAAUAUGCGAGGUCCUUUGAGCCAGACAUCUGUGAACAUACCUCCUCAGUACUUUGUUAAAAGUUUAGUCAAGAGCACUGCGCUGAUUGGUGUUCUCCUGGCUAAGAAAAUAACACAUAACCAGUAACAUGUCUAACCUAAACUAAUAUAGACAGGUAGUGCAGUAAUACGUCUAACCAAUCUAAUGUAGACACAGGUAGUGACUUUACUAUCCAUUAAAUGAGCAAUAAAGGGAGGCUUGGGUUAGCUGGGAUAGGUUUGCUUUCAGUGUUCGGUGACUCACUCAAACUACUUACGGUUUUGGCUCUGCUCCCUGUUGCAGGUGCUCUGCGAUGUUGAUGCACUGUGAGGUUUGUGUGUGCGUGUGUGUGUGUGUGUGUGUGCGUGUGUGUGUGUUCUGGCAAAGGAUAAGCCACUCCGUGCUACAAACGCAAUGUCCUGUUUUCUGUUUCUAUCUUCAAGAACAUGAUCCCCAGGACCAAAUUUUGGCACAUUCACAAGCGCAUAAUCCAUUCUUGAAAAAGGCGUGUGAUUUGAUCAGGUUGACAAGGGAGCGGGGAUCACAGAUAUGACACGGAGUAGUACAGAUCCAAGAGAGUCCGUGUUCAAAAUCAUCAAUGGCCCGUAUAUGAAGGGUGCUAUCUAUCCUAACCCCCAAGAGCAAGGUGCUCUGUCUGCUUCUUUUUAGCUGUUUCUAAUUUAGAAUGAUCCACGCCAAUGAAAGGUGAAUGGCUGGUUUUGCCAAGCUUGGAGCUGCGUUUGUUUUUUAGCGAGAAGGGGAUAGUCACAUGGGCAGCCAGCUUUCAGGGGAGUCAGGCCUGUGCAUGGAGUGGUGUCUGACCCAGUGGGUUACACCAACCAUGUCACACUGGUCUACAUUAAGCAAUGCAGUAGGCAGGAAUUUGGAGAGAGGCACGCAACCACCAGCACGUCCGACACGACAGCCUCUCCCUGAUCUUAUACAAAACUUGAAUAUAUCUUUCAGCCAGGGCGGUGACAUUUCGAGCAAAUGUUAGCUUGACGUCACACCCAGCGCACAAGUUGGCUUCCAUUGUUCCAAAAUGGAAAUGCUGUAGACUCUCUGCUUUUUUUUUCUUUUUUUUUUCCAUUGAGAGGACACGGUGGCGAGGGAAUGCUGGUACUACUGAAGUGAUUCAUGUGAUGAUAUAUAUUGUACAACUGUCCAAUCAGAGACUGCGAUCAAAGGAAUCCCUGUCAUUGUAAAGAGGACAGUGGCCGCUUGGAAUUCCAUUGGUCUGGGAGAUUUCUUCAGUGCACACCAUCAGUGUACUGGGCUUUCAUUGGUCGCCUGGUUGAGAUGAGCAACGCCCCCCCCCCCCCCCCCCCAACCCCCUCGGAACUCUCUAACAACGGCUGUUUCAACAGGUGUUGUCUUCCGGCCACAGACCACUCUAUAGUUUCUAUGUAACCAAGAGGAUGGUGAUAAUGAAACUGGGGUCAUUUUAAUUUCUUAUAUUGUACAAACAUUGUGUAGAAAAUCGGUGUCUAAUCGUAGAAAUAAGAAGUGAUUUCUUUUUCUUCCCCACUAUAAAUAUUUAUGAUGUGCUGUAUACCUUUUUUGGCAGAGGUGUAAAUAGAUGUCUCUGAAUAUUCAUUUACCAGUAUCUGUGAUUUUUUUGUUGUUUGUUAAAAGAAUAGAAAAAAAGGAGAAAGAAAUAUCCCAAAAACUGUGACUCAUUUUUGUUGCUCUAUAUCCUUGAACAGAGCAGAGAGAGAGAGAGAGAGCUGAGCUGAGGGACGGUGAUGACAGAGCAAAUGAGAAAGCUUGCUUUAUUGCUCAAACAACUGACAGAGACAGACAGCAGUUCAGUAAAACCUGAUCUCCACCAUGGUACCCUCCCCAUGAGAGAACACACUGCUAUCCCAGAGGAACCCACAUAAAUCUUUAAUGUGUCAUAGUAACGUUAAUGCAUGUUUAAUUUUAGCUUCGUAUAGCAGAGACCCUACAGAGCUCCCAUUCCCUUGGCCACGCCUGGAAAAUGGCCAGUCUGUACACAGUUUUGACUCCCAUAAUAAAUUAACAAUGCAAAUGUUUCUCAAAAAUAGCUUUUUGAAGGACCCAAGUCUGACUAAACACUUGAAAUCUUGUGAAUAUUUCCUUGUGUAUUGCCAACAACUAAGAACCUUCUGGAAAUUGGCAGGGGCAUCUGGAUUGAUUUGUGAUCGUAUUUAUGAAUAACACUGCUUAUUUACUAAAAUUAUUGAACUAAUUGGGGCCCUGCAUAUUCUGUUUGCAGUAAAAAAAAUAAAUUAAUAAAUACACCUCCUGUUGUACUGUAAUAAAUCUGAAAGGACUUGACCAGAUUUGGUUAUCAAUUGCAUUGGUGGUAGAUUCAGUGCAUACUGUAUUCUAGAUGCUGUUUAUUUGGAUUUUCAUGUGUACCUAACACCAUAUGAUAGCCAGUUAGCAUCACUAUGCUGCAUUAUCUGGUUGUACAAACUGUUUUACUGCAGUAUUAGGCACUGGUGGGUCUACCAACAAAAGACAAGAGAUGUCUUUUCAAACAUCCACCUUAUUUCACUUAUGGCAUAGGACACACAGUACAGUUUUUAAAAAGAUUUCUUGUAAAAUGAUUGUACUUUAAUAUAGCUACAAAUAUUAUCAAAGUGGCUGUUUUCUCCCAAGCUUGUACACAGAGGAAAAAAACGUUACUAUCUUCUGGACAAAUACAAUCACUUACAAGCCCCCACUUAGCAUGAUUCCACUGUCUCAUCAGAUUUCUGUGGAUAGAACCUAAAAAACCUCAGCCCCUCAUUUUAGGCUUGUUUUUUGGGCUUGUUUUUUUACCUUGGUGUUCAUGUCUGGUUCCCAUCAUGUCUUUCUGUAUGUGGCACAUAACAUGUUCAGUUAGUAUUUUCAUUGGCUUUUGGCUGUCCACCGUGUAGGCUUGGCCAGGGAAAUUCAAAACUAUCCUUGGUUUCAGUUUAAGAUCUUUCAGACUACAGAGGUUGACGCACUGCUAGUAUGUGCUCACAAGACCAAUUAUCAUGAUUGUAUAUCAUCUUGUAAUUACCUCACACAAUGCAAGAUCAAUGCUGUUGAGCCGAUGUUUGAUUUCCGUGUUCAUGCACUGGAUUCCAACGGUAAUCAUAGCAAACUUAACAAACUUGUAAGGGCUACAACAGAGGUUCAAUUUGACUGAAAUUGUACUGUGUGUUCUAGCACGUCACUUGAAAGAAGUCCUUCUUGAAGAUGUUUGAGAUGGUUUCUGUUUACCAUUCUUAAAAUCAAAUUGGUUUUAACUACUGACCUUAAAGGGGUGGUUUUUCUAUUAGACUAUAUAUGUGGUGUGUUUAAAGGUCAGUCUCAAGGCCAUGUCUGUCCGAAAUAGAGCUACUGUUGUGUGUCAUCUGUUUAGUUUUUGCUGUGAAAUGCCUCCCACUGCAAUGUACUUCAAUCACUGGGUUAUAACUGUAUUUUUAAUGUGAAGACUGAAGAUCUCAGAGUAUAUCCAUUGCUUUUCCUGUGGAUUUAAUAUGUAUUCUGUCUGGUUUGCAGUCUGCAACCUCUUGUCAGCCUAAACAUUUCAACGCAUUUCAUGCCAAAUUGAUUUGUCUUCCUUUGGAUCCAAAGUACCCUCCGUAGGUCUGGGGAGUUAAAUUAUUAUUAUUAUUAUUAUUAUUAUUAUUACAAUGAAGACCUUAUUGUGUUGUAACUUUUCACCUUUAAAUUUGCACAUACAGUACCGAUACUUAAACAUCCCCUGUUGCUGCUUAUAAUCCUAAGCCUGCAGGCAUGAUGACAUGUACAUUUGUAUGGCUCAGACCCUCGAAAUUCACAUUGCUUGUGUAGCAGAUUUAAGUUUGAGGUCUGAGAGAGAAUACAGCAAAGGUGGGACCUAUUGGGCAGCAGCAGAGCAUACAACUGCUGUGGAGGAAUACAAUGCGAAUUGCAUUGAAACAUUUGAGCCGAACAUGUAUUAGUUACAGACAGCAAUCAGACAUUCUAACAAGGAAAAAAGGCAAGAAAUGACAGAAGGCAGAGUUUCUAUCUUUACAGUAAAAGCUGAGAUUUCUGGGACUGAGUAUUCCCUAUUCUAUACAUUUCUAAGGGGCAAUUUAAGAUAAUUAUUUUUUUUUCCUUUUUUAAAAUGAGUGCAAGAACAUAAACGAAAAUGCUUAAUUUAUUUUAAGUAGCUAAAAUGGUAUAUAACCAAUUAAUUUUAAUCGUCUUCUAAACUGAAAUCCUCUGUAGAAAUGGGACAAUUAAAGUUCUGACUCGACUCUGCCUUAGGGAUGACCACGAAGGAAAGAAAAGACUGUUCCGCCUCCUCCACUGUCGUGGGUUUGGCUUGUCUGUCGAACACAUACUAAGUACAUUCAGCCCACGGUGUAAUGGCCAUUUUGAUGGUCUGAGAGCAACGUACAAUGACUAGUCUACAUUAGGUAAUCCCGGCUUCCAAUUAUUUGGUUACGAGAUGACAAAUAAUUAUACCUUUGGUUAUAAUUACACCGACUCUCAUCACGAUGUGAUUGCCAUCCCCUGCGUAUGAGGGUUUAUGUUUUUAUGUGAUUUAUUAUUCUCAAAGAGUUGAUGGUGGUGGGGAAAAGAAUUGCAUGUCAGUGUGAGUGAUUAGAUUUGAACAGAGCCCCUGCAUACACUUUGCAUCUACGAAAGGCUUAAAUUACACUUAGUUUGGAAGCGGGGCACAAGAAUGCUCCAGAGAUCUCUCGGCACAGAAAUAAAACACGGGCCUGCUCUCUCUCUCUUUCUCUCUCCCUCGCUCUGUCUCCCUCCUUCCAUCUCUCACCCUCUCUCUCCAUCUCUCUCUCUCUCUCUCUCUCAUGAUCAGUAUGCAACUGUAGAAGAGCUGCUAUUGUAAGACUGAUUUCUUCUGCGAAAGCUGCUUGAAUCUGCCGUCCGCCGCACAGAAAGAACCGGGCUGGGUGUCAGAUCCCAGGGCAUCAAUGUCUUAGUUGGAGAUGGAAGGGGUGUGCACACUGGAAUGGGACAUGAAAUCGCUCAUUGUGUGUUUCAUUUAGGAACCUCUGCUGUUGCCUUUGUACUACGUUCUGGCUCAGUGUACUACAAUGUGACGACAUGCUUUUUUUUUUUUUUUUUUUUUAAAGUGAGACCGUUUUAGCAGUGCACUAAAUGUACAAUAAAAAAAAAUAAAACAAUGAUGAAGUUUA